UCAUAUUCAAAUAUACACAGUUUAUUUGAUGUAUUUACAUAUAUAGUUGUACAUGAUCAAUAAUAUUAUGUCUGCAAAAGGGUCGUCUGAUCAGGAGAUGGGAAAAUCUUCGUCUAGUAGUGAUCAUGGUGGGAAAAACUGCUAUAGAGGCCAUUGGAGACCUGCAGAAGAUGAGAAACUCCGGCAACUUGUCGAACACUACGGUCCUCAGAACUGGAAUUUCAUCGCCGACCAUCUCCAAGGAAGAUCAGGAAAAAGUUGCCGAUUGAGAUGGUACAACCAACUAGACCCAAACAUAAACAAGAAGCCAUUCACAGAAGAAGAGGAAGAGAGGCUGCUUUCUGCUCACCGGAUUUACGGCAACAAAUGGGCUUGCAUAGCCAAGUAUUUCCAAGGAAGAACCGAUAACGCCGUCAAGAAUCAUUACCACGUUGUCAUGGCCAGACGAAAGCGAGAGCGUUUCACGCAGUACCAACACCACCACCAUCAUCAUCCCAGGCCAAGUACUCACAGUACUAGUACUCCUAAUCAUGAUCAAGGUUUUUCUAAUGGAAAUAUUAUCAAUCCUACUAAAUUAGGGUUUCUCAACUUUCAAUCAUCUCACAAUCAACAGAAGAGCGGGGUUCUGGGAAUUCUGUCGUCAAAUUCUUCGUCUAGUACUUUGAACGAAUCGAGCACUCUAACCAGGGACUCAACUAGUACGCAGCUUGAUGUUCACGGUGAAGGAAGAUUAAAAGAUUGCUCACCGCAAAGUCUAAACCAAUUGUUUCUUCGUGGUCAUGGUGACAAUAAUUUCAAGAUUUUCAUGGCCCCAAAAUCGCCUCCACCAAAAGAUGUUGUGAUGAGCUCCUUUGGAUUCUUGAAUUCCGGGAUACGUCAUGGAGAUCAUGGGAAUCAUGAAGAGAUCACAAACAACAACAAGAGCAAGUUCGUCAGAUCGAGAGUAGAUCUUCCUAACAGUACUAAUUCGGUUAAACUGUUAAAAUGGGGAAUGGCCAAUUCUCAACAAGAACAACAAGAGGUGCCCUUCAUAGACUUUCUUGGUGUGGGGAUCGUCUCUAAUUAGUUUUAGUUCAGAAAAGGCAUUAAUGUGAUUUCAAUCGGUCUCUAGCUAGUACUUAAUCUUUAGGCGAGAUUUGAGUUUUUAUGAUUUAAAUUAGCCAGGUCUAUCUUCUA